GAAGCCAAACUGUUUUGUACAAUUAAUGGAGAGCAGAAAAGACAUCGCAAACCAAGAAGAACUUUGGAAGAUGAAGCCUAGGAGAAAUCUAGAAGAUGAUCAUUUGACUAAGGACUCAGGAGAGAUCAGCAUGCUGAAAAGACCUGUGCAUUUGGAUUUGCACCAGACAACCCCUUUUGAUGAAUUUGAUUGCCCCCCAGAGCUUCAGCACAAACAGGAACUCUUUCCAAAAUGGCGUCUGCCAAUUAAAAUAGCUGCUGUCAUAUCAUCUCUGACUUUUCUUUACACUUUUUUGAGAGAAAUUAUUCAUCCUUUGGUAACUGCCCAUCAGCAGUAUUUUUAUAGGUUUCCCAUCCUGGUCAUCAACAAAGUUUUGCCAGUGGUUUCUAUCACGCUCUUAGCACUGGUUUAUUUGCCAGGUGUGAUAGCAUCAGUUGUACAGCUUCGUAAUGGAACCAAGUAUAAGAAAUUUCCACGUUGGUUAGAUAGGUGGAUGUUAACAAGAAAGCAGUUUGGGCUUCUCAGUUUCUUUUUUGCUGUACUACAUGCAAUUUAUAGUCUGUCCUAUCCAAUGAGGCGAUCCUACAGAUACAGGUUACUAAACUGGGCAUAUCAACAGGUCCAACAAAAUAAAGAAGAUGCCUGGAUUGAGCAUGAUGUUUGGAGAAUGGAAAUUUAUGUGUCUCUAGGAAUUGUGGGACUUGCAAUGCUGGCUCUAUUGGCUGUGACAUCUAUACCAUCAGUGAGUGACUCUUUGACAUGGAGAGAAUUUCACUGUAUCCAGAGCAAGCUAGGAAUGGUUUCCCUUCUUCUGGGUACAAUACAUGCAUUGAUUUUUGCCUGGAAUAAAUGGAUAGAUAUAAAACAGUUUGUGUGGUAUACACCUCCAACUUUUAUGAUAGCAGUUGUCCUUCCAGUUGUUGUUCUGAUAAGUAAAGCCAUACUAUUCCUGCCUUGCUUGAGGAAGAAGAUACUGAAGAUUAGAUGUGGUUGGGAAGAUGUCACCAAAAUUAAUAAAACUGAGAUGUCUUCCCAGUUAUAGGUUACUAUUUUUACACAUUUUGUUCAAUAUUGAUAUAUUUUAUCAUAAAAUAUUCCAAAAUGUAUUUGAUUAAUAAAAUGA